AUUUGAUGUAAAUGAGAUGAUAACACCAUAUGAAAACUUAAUUUAAAAGUAAUUAGGAAAAAUACACUUCUAAUUUGUAAUUGAUGUUAGAGAAGCCGUAAAUCUAAACCCAACAAUGCAAAGCUGACCAAUUAAGCUUGGAAAAUGGGUAACUCAGGUCUAAAACAGCACAUAGAAACUGCUCAAAAAACAGGUGUUUUAAAAGUAUCCCAGGGGAAACUGAAUGAAUUCCCUCCUGGUUUUAAACAGCUUGAAAGUUCGUUGAGAACUCUAGACAUAUCCGACAACAAAUUUGUGAUUUUGCCUAAUGAAAUAAGUAGAUUUAUGCAACUAAGGCACCUUAACUUAAGCAAAAACAAAUUAGCGAAGAUUCCAGAUUGCAUUGGAGCCCUGACAAAGCUAGAAACAUUCAACGGAAGCCACAAUAACCUCACCAGUUUACCUAGAACCUUUUCCAACCUCAUCCACUUGAAACAAGUAAACCUGAGUGAUAACCACAUAAAAGACUUCCCGUUGAUGUUCUCUGGACUCAAACACCUCGACGUAUUGGAUUUGUCGAGAAAUGAAAUCGUAUCGAUCCCAACCGAAGUUUCUGGCCUAAAUGUAACUGAAUUAAACCUCAACCAGAACCAAAUAUCUCAAAUUUCUAGUCAAAUCGCUGACUGUCCAAGACUCAAGACUUUGCGGUUAGAAGAGAACUGUCUACAACUGUCGUCGAUUCCUACAAGGAUCCUGCUGGAAUCGAAAGUCUCCAAUUUAGCCGUCGACGGUAAUUUAUUCGAGGCGAAACAGCUGUCUGAUCUGCCGGGCUAUGAGGCUUAUAUGGAACGGUUUACCGCUGUGAAGAAAAAGUUGUUCUAAAAUGUUCUCGUGGGGAGAAAUAUCAAAGCACAGAAAUCGUAUGAAUGUUUGUUUUGAGUAUUUUAAACUUAAUCAUUCGAUGGGAAGACUGUAGACAAGGCUGAGUAGUGAUAUCUUAAAUAUUUGGAUGAUUUUUAUGAAGAGAAGAUUAAAACGUAGUUGGAAUUUGUAUAUUUUUAAAAUUUUGUGUCGAUAUUCAGUGUUCAAGUUUGAUUCGUCACGCAAUAUCUAUAGUUUUCCCACCAAAAUGGUCUUAUUCUAGUCUAGAAAUCGACAAAUAAUUUAUAUUCAUUCUGUUUCAUAUUUCCUCCUGUGUUAAUGAAAACAUCUGAUAAACAAUUAAAAUAUGUAAAUAUAAAAAAAUGUCUUUAUGCCUUCGUUAACCAAAUUUCUGUUAAUUAAAGAUAAUAAUUUAUUUAAUUUUUUUCAAUAUCGUGUGCUGAAUCUGCGUAAUAUUUUAUUAUUAUCGUUUCCGUUAUCUUCGGCACACUUUUCGGUGCAUUUUCUUUACUCCUACAAUUCUACCGGGAAUGUAAAUUAAAAAAUUACCUAUGGUGCUUCGCUGUCAAUUUUCUAUCAACUAAUCAAUAUCAUACCCUAACGUAGAAUAUUACGCCUAUUGUUAUCGUUUUGAGGUAGUGACUUUCCUCCGUUCGUGAUGUUUUUAAAUGAACUUUCCAUACAAUCAGGUCGAAAUACUGAACAAUGUACCCAGUCCCUCCCCCUUUUACAGAAAUAUAAUGUAUUUAAACUUUUAAAACUGUAUUUUAACGACAAAUAGGAAUUUCCUUGUUGUGCAAGAAAGAUAUGCAUAAUUCGAUUCGUAUUUGUCGUUAACUGGUCUAUUCUAAGCUUAGCUUCGGAAAUAUAUAAUAAUUAAAGUUCUGCAUGAGUGUUGUAUAGACAAUCAAUGUUUUAGAGAAACAUGUCUCGAUGUUGAUGUUUGUAGUUUAAUUUUUCACUUUUCGUUCGAAUUGUCGAUAUUUUUGGGGUCCAAGCAAUAUUAUAGAUACGAAAUGGAAGUCUGUUUUUAAGUAGCCGAACACUAAAAUAUUCAGCUUUCUUUAAAUAUACAAGUUUUAUUUUAUUAAAUACAUACUUGACGUUAUCUAGGUAGGUAUAUACCUUUAGUCUAGGAUUAUAUGUACAUUAUACAUGUAAUUAGGUUCUGUUCGUAUUAGUAUAAUUUAUACAAAAUAAAUAUCCUGUAUUUUCAUGCCUAAAGUGUACUUCUAUCAUAUUUAUCAAUUAUGUAUUUUGUCUAUUUGAAUUUUUAUAGAUAAUUUGCACUUUUGCUCUAUUUUUAUUAUAUAAUAUAUUCAGUACCAUUUUUCUAUCUGUACAAAAUAU